CGAUCACCGCGACUGUCAUCCAGCCCUGCGCCUGCCCUCCCGGGCUGGGAAAGAGGGGGCUCCGUGACGCCUCGGAGGGGCUCGGCCUCGGGCGCCGGGAACUAGGGGGGAAGGGAGCAUCAAAUGGGACAGAAGAUUCUGGCAGCGGGGUAGAGCCUGGACAGCUGGGGUGAGAGCUCAUGAAUAGAGAACGCUCGGAGGAAUGAACUUCACGAUGGCUGCCCAGUCGAGCAAGGCUAGACUAUCUCUUGGAAGAUGCCCUUAAAUUUCUGUUGAUGUUGAUGCCUCCUCAUUUCAGACCAGCUUCAAAUUCUUGCUUGUACAAUGAGGACAGAAACUUACUGCGUAUUCGAGAGAGAGAGAGACGGAAUCAAGAGGCUCUGCAGGACAAAGACAAGGUCCCCAACAAGACUCCCCUCUUUGCAGAACCCUAUAAGACUAAUAAAGAAGAUGAACUGUCAAGCCGAAUUCAGAACAUGCUGGGCAAUUAUGAGGAGGUCAAGGAGCUCAUCAGCAACAAAUCCCAUCAGAAUCUCAUAGGGGUUCCAAAAUGUUUCACUCCUCUGAUCCCACAAGGAAAGCCUGAUCGCCCAUGCUUCCCUGAAAAGACCAGCCAUAUGUUACCAUCUUCAUUCCAUCACACAACUCACCAUCCUCUCAUGGGACCUAUGGUUGUAGCUCCUCUUCCUCCAAGCCACUCCUUUCACUACCAAAAGACAAAAUCAAAACUAGAACCAGCUUCAGGUCUGCAUGCCAAGAGUCACAGCUUAUCCAACAAUCAGAGCCAAGGUAAAGAACACAGUUGCAGUGGUCAGGAAAGUCUUGCAGGUUUUCACCACAAGAGAAAUGACAGGCACGAGGUUGGUGAAGGUCAUACCAAUGAACUGCAGCCCUCCAUUUUGGUGCUUUCUCCAUUGCUUCCAUCUUUGUCUUCUCCCGUGGCACCCUUGUCACCUCUACAUUCCAGCCAGCAUAACAAUUCCAGGUCACAGAACAGCGGCAGAAGUCAUGGGCCGACCUAUAGUCAAACAAAAUCAUCUCAGGACCUAGUGACAGGAUCACAGGAGAAGGAAAGUCAGGACAACUCAGCUGUUAACCUGACCAGCACCACUCAGCCUUCCUCUCAGACUUUCCCCCCACCUUUGCCAUCAAAAACCAGUGCAGUGCAGCAGAAACCAACUGCCUAUGUCAGACCAAUGGAUGGCCAAGAUCAGGCACCAGUUGAAUCACCAGUGCUCAAACCUCUCCUGGAGGAAUACCAUGGAGAACUCUAUGAAAAAAUUUCAGAUUUGAAGGCGAAUGCAAAAGCCAGACUAUCCAAAUUGGAGAUCCCUUCUGAGCCUGUAGAGCAAACCUUCCCCAGUGAUGUCCACUCCAUUGAAGAAAUUUUGAAGGAAAUGACCCACUCAUGGCCACCUCCCCUGACAGCUAUUCAUACGCCUAGUACAGCAGAGACUUCCAAAUUUCCAUUCCCAACUAAGGAAUCACAACAUAUUGGAUCUGUAGCACAGAAUCAUAAACAGUAUGAUGCACCUUCAAAAACGUUGCCUAGUUCUCAACCAAGAACAUCAAUUCUCCAGGAUGACCUGCAGCUCAGUGAUAGUGAAGAGAGUGGUGACGACCAAGUUGUUGAAAAGCCACCUUAUUCACUUCCUCCUCCAAGUGUCCCGCAGUCCCAGCCCAGGAUUGUGGCUUCAGCACAUUCCAGCAGCCCAGAGUCAGGGAGCAUCAGUGACUCAGACAGUUCUUCAGACUCUGAGACGGAAAGCAACUCGAGUGGCAGUGAAGCAAAUGACCCUCCAAGAGCGUCAGCACCUGAGCCCGACCCACCAACUUCUAAUAAGUGGCAGCUAGACAACUGGCUAACCAAGGUGAAUCCACCAGCAGUGCCAGCAGAGAUUCUCAGCGAAAUUGCCCAUGGGGAUGGACAUGAGAAAGACAAGGAGCACGGGCAGGGCAUCAGCAGCUAUUCCUUCCACCAGCAUGCUGAGCCAAGGGAGUCUCAUCACAAGAGCUCUGGCCAAGUGGCCAGAACUCCUCAGGACACUCAUCUUCCAACCAAACGCAGUUGUCAGAAGUCUGUGCAUGCUGAGGAGCCCUUUCCCAGGCAGACUGUGGGUAUCAAAGGGCCUGGUAAGGCCCGAGUGCAUGAAGGGCCCAAGGGAAGCCUGAAGGUGGAGAAUGACCCUGGUUCUUUUGACAUCAGAGACCAGUCUUCCAGAGACAAGCCAAAAGCCAAAACGAAAGGAAAGCCAAAAUCCAGUGACAGAAGAGACCCGAAACUGUCAAUGCAAGAGCCCUCUGAGAACCGAAAGCAGAAGAGCUUCCACCAGGCUAAUGCGAAACUCUGCUUGGACCCCCAGCUCAUGAGAGAUGUUUUGCUUGGCAGUGCCCAGGAGAAUCUCGUUCUCAGUCCCCUUCCUCAAGACCAGGGCACAACCCACACCAGGACUAGUGGUCACAGGCCUGCUGUUGUGGCCAAAGAGAAUUUCCACAAGGAGAAACUUACCUUGCAUAUCAUGGAGAAGUUGUCCUCAUCAGUGAGGGACUCCCCUUUCCCUCAGUCCCUCACUGUAAAAAUAGAUCUCCCUCUCCUAUUAAGAGUCCCCCAGCCUCCUGGCAAAGACAGUCAUCAGAAGAGAGCAGAGGCCAAGGAACUCCCCAAUGCAAGGAAGCAGGACUUAGAGAGGAAAUCUGUGAAUGCUCCUUCCAAGUCCCUUCAAAAGAGGAAGAGGGAAAUGGAGAAGGAGGUUAAUAGGAAGAAAAUGAAAUCAGAGAAAGAAACAAAAGCAUUGCAGUCUUCAGUUAACACAGACUCCAAUAAAAAAUGGAAAGUAUCAAAAGCUUCGUUUGAAGCCCAGAAGAAAGAUCUCCUAGUACCCCCACCAUUGCCACCUAUGUCUCCAGCACAUCCUGCACCAAAGUCAACCAAGGUGACUCAAAAGAGACCCAGAAGUGAGGGUGGUGAGCUGCCUGCUAUGGAUAACACUGCCAGGAACAAGAGCAUCCACAAGGGUCCUUUGUUCUCCAAGCACAAGAGAGUGGAGAGAAGUCACGCUGAACUGUCGAAGGGCAUCAAAGGAUCUGCAGAGGAUGUCACAAAUCCUUUCCCAGUGCCUUCUUUGCCAAAUGGUACCUCCAAACCAAGGAGACCUCAACUCAAGAUUGAAAAACAGCACACAAUGGAAUACUACAUAGAAGAGGCCAAGAGGCUUAAGCACAAAGCCGAUGCAAUGACUGACAAGACUGGAAAGGCCUUUCAGUACCUAGAUGCUGCCCUUUCCUUCAUUGAAUAUGGAGUUGCCUUGGAAUCAGAUGCACUAGCGCAAAAACCAGCUUACAGCAUAUUCAGUGACACCAUAGAUCUCAUCAAAUUCAUUAUGACAUUGAAACCUUUUACAGACUUGUCAGCACCUCCACAUGAAAAAAUCUUUGCUGUGUUAUGCAUGCGUUGUCAGUCCAUUCUGCACAUGGUGAUGUUUCGUUACAAAAAAGACACUGCAAUGAAGUAUUCCAGGAUCCUGAAUGACCACUUCAAGAGUUCUUCCAGAAUAACACAAGCACCUUCUCCAUGUGUUGCAAGAAGCACAAGCACACCUCCUCUUUCUCCAAUGCCCUCUCCUGCUAGUUCUAUGAGUUCUCAGCUGGGAUUGAAUGCUAGCAACUGCAGUGGAAACAGCAUUGCUUCUUCAGUCGCUGUCCCUUAUAAUAUCCCAAGCAUCACCUCCUCCUACAUCAACAUCACUUCCUAUAUCCUUUAUGCAUAUGAUAUUUGGGAACAGGCUGAUGCACUGGCCAGGAAGAAUAAGGAGUUUUUUGCUGAACUCAGCACAGUGACAUGCACUCUGGCACUGAACAGCAGCAUGACUGAACUGGUACACUACGCUAGACAGGGUUUACAGUGGCUGAGACUGGAAACAAAUUCGCCUUAACUGGUGCUCAAGGUGGCUAAGUACCUUGAACUCUUUUGCACUUUUGAAGCCUCAGAAACAGUCUGACUUAUUGAAUCAUUGGAUACAAAGCACCUGCAAAGGAAAAUUAAAUCAAGGUGGAAGGGAUCUGGUUACACUGGAAAAACUUUGAACUGUGUUUUUAGGGUAGUGCUUUGCUACCUUGAAAAAUAAGAGGUGGAAGAAAGCCUCGGCGUUUAUGGCACCUUCCUUUGAAACAAUGAAGUGCAAUGAAUUGUCUGAAUGGCUCAGUGUAUUAAUGGUCUAUAAACAUUUCUAUUAUGAAUAACCAGCAGGACAAUAAUCACACAUGAUAAAGUGCCGACAAGAAGGAAAUCUGCCUCCAGAAGUCAUUAUGCAACAUCCCAGUCUGUAACAGUUGUCCCCAGAAGACAUAUCACACAAGUGUUUUAGCAAGAAUGGAUGCAGUCUUCAGUCUCUUUGAUCCUCAUGUCGCAAGUAGCAACUUCAUCAGCACAAUAAAAACAGCAACAUGGUCUGCCUUGCCUGCUUUCCAACUUCACCCUCUUGCAUUUGUCAACGAGCUGCUAUCCUGGGAGUCGGGGGAAUCCACUGCCUUCAGUGCUGCAAGUUCACUUUUUAAGUCAUCAGUGCUUUGGUCCUUUUCCUUGCCAUGCACUCAUGCGCACAUGUGCCCUUAGCACUCGAACAAUGUUACUUAGGGUCUUGCUCAGUUUAAGCUUUGUAAGCCAAACACAGCUGGGGUGACAAAAUGACCAGGUGUAGCUGGAAACAGCUCUGUGUCUCUUCUGUAGUGGAGGGAUGUUGCUCUCACAGAGGACUCCUUGUCUGGUUGCUUUUUGUUCUUUCAGGGGGUGGGAGUGGACAACUGUACUGGAUCACUGUGAUUGCCUGGACAUUGUUCCAAGUCUGAGAGCUCACAUGGGGAGGAAUCACUUCUGUUUAUGGAGGGACUAAGUGGCUGAAUGUGGAACAUGUGAUAAAUUUUGCCUUUGGAUAUAUUCCUGCAACCCUUGCUGGUCUCAGUGAAUAUCUAACAGCAGAAAUUGGUACCAAAGUAGGGCAUCCUUCAUGUGGGAGAUAACUCAUGUGUUCUUUCUCAACCAAACUACAAGAUGGGCCCAGCAACUUAGGAAUCUGUAAUGGGAACAUGAAAAGGGAUAAUUAGAUGUUUGAAACCAGUGUUUCGUUGUCAGGAACUGCAUUUUUGAAAUUGCCUUUUUGCAAGGGACAGUAACAGCAAAGACAGCAUCUGUGGCACUGUUGUGUUCAGUGAGAUGAUAUCCUUCUCUGCCCAAAGAUUUCCUGUUGUGUGACUGCAGCAUCCUGUUAUCCUCAUAUCUAAUAGUGUGCCUUAGUCCUCUGGUCCCCUUUCACAUCCCUCACCCUAUCUCUGACAGGCCUGUGGGGGUGGCAGAGGAUGAUAACCCAAAAUAAUUUUACUUACAGGAAAGAAUUAUCUUCAUUUUCCACAUAAUUUCAGCAUGGAGGAACAGGUCUGCAUACGUGCAGUGGUUCCCACUUUGUAAAAUACCUGUUUAUGGUUUUGAGGCUCACGAGAAUGGGCAGUAAAUAAAUGGCAAAAGGUCUGCAUUUCCAAAAGUAAUUUCUGUAGAAAUAGCCCCUGCCAUGGGGAAGCCUGGAGUCUUCUCACUUCUGGGAGGAGCUGGCAGGAGUAUACUGCAGCUCUGCCCUGGUGCUAGGCACAAAGGAGCUCCUCUCUCAUUUACCCUGGCAGUGCAGGACUUCCAGGACCCUGGCUGGGUCUUCCCACACCUUCAAGGGACUGUCCUUUUAUGUUCACUUUAUUAAAAGCCUUAGUGCAUUUCAGGGAUAAGCUGUCCUAACCAGUGGAAGGAAGGCCCAUGCCCCCCUAUCCACAUUUUACCUAUCAAAUUUCAGUUGCUGUCUUCCUCCCUGAGCUGCUCUGAGGAAGCAGGGACAGAGAGAGGCUCAGCAUUAACUGUUUUGUUCUCAGGAAGCAUGGGGACUGCACUUUUCCAGUGCUGGAGCUCAAUUCCAGACUUGUGAGUUGAUGCCUUCUUUUGACUUUGUCUUCAAACAAAGCUAUUUUUAGGAUCACCAGCUGAGGAGGAGGAAGGAAGGAGGAAAGGAAGAAAGCUUUAUUGAAGCUUAAAACCACUGUAGAAAUCUGCAAGUACCAUAGCAGAUGGUUAGCAAUAAGCGUUAAGGUGAAAGAGAGACACGGUACCCCUUUCAUUUCACAUACACCCACCUCUCUCCCUGUUGCCAGACCAGGUUCCUGUUGGAGAUCUGCUUGCUCACAGCCUAUCUGCCCUGUGCUGCCACAGUCCUGUGUACAGCUUGGUGCAGCCUGCAGGUGCACCAGUUCAUAUCCUCACCUGCCCUUUGGGCGCUUUGCUGCCCAGAUAGUGAUAUUAUAAUCCCUUGCCCUGCUGCUAGGAAAGCUCAUGCAAGGGUGUCUGGCAAGCAAAGUUGGUAAGAAGACACCAAGUGAAGGCAGAUGAACUACUGACAUUUGCUUCUUUACAGCUGGGGAGAAAGCACUAUGUACUCUGCUACUGUGGGAGUACAGUUGUGCAAGGGCUGCUCCUGCUCCCAGGUCAAAAUCAUCUGGGCUUUGGAGGAAACAAGAUCACGGGUGAUUUGUGUCACAGGCAUGUGGAGGGGUUAUUUGGGGGUACUCAUUAAAAAAAUUAUCUGUGGAAGCAUCAGUACUAAGUUAUAUAGUACAAAGCUAUGUUUUGUUUCAGGUCAUGGAAAAGACUGUUUAAAUAAUGGGUAAUUUUUUAAAAAGCCAUUGUAUUUCAACCUCGAGCCAUGUCAGAGGUCUGCAAAGGGUUAGGAAAGAUGGAGGGAAAAAAAAAAAAAAAGAAGAAAUAGAAAAAAAUACCCCCAACCAAAAGGUAAGAGUGGAGGAAAUAGUAUUUGCCAUUAGGAAACAAAACUACGAAUCCAAGGAAAAACACAGGUGAUGAUUGAGUCACAGAAGGAGGGAAGGCAGCUAUGGUGGCAAAGCAGCAUCAUUUCCAUGCAAUAUUUAUUUAGAAGAAAUAAUACAUGUGUUGAAAUUGUCAAAUGUUCUAUUUUUAAGAUACCAUUUAUUUAAUAGUUGAAAACCCCACUUACAUGGAGAUAGAGAUCUCUCCUGUAACUGAAAGUCAAAGUCUGACUGCAAUAUCUUUGAUUUUGGUUUUGUCCUCUCCCCUCCCUCUUGGUUCCCAUUAUAAAUCUGUACAUCUUAAAGUUAUUUUGGGGCUGUACGUCCCUGGUGUAAAUAAUGUUUUCUGCCCUGUGUGUGAUGGAGUUUCUGAGAUGGUUGAUUCAUUCAUAUGGGGAAGUAAACAAUAAACAAAAUAGCCUAUUUGUUAUGAA